AUGCUCUCUUCAGUCGCUUUCAUUAGCAGCCCAUUGCUCUUACCAUCCACAGAGUGGUCCGACUAUCGCUGUCUCAUCACGAUCGGCUUGGGCUUCUCCAUGCUAGGCGACUUUUUCCUCAUUCCUUCGCGACGUGAAUUCCAUGGCUUGGACAGCAAGAUCCCAACACCCGGCAAACCGGAAGUGCAGGAGAAAAUAUCCAUAUCCUUUCAACUCGGCAUCGUUGCCUUCGCGGUGGCUCAUAUAGCCUACACUAUAGCUUUCCUGCAGGAUUCCCGCGAGACUUCUUUUGUGACUUUUGCCGCCACGUUUAUAGGGACUCUGGGCGUCGCGAAUUGGAUGGGUGUCAUAUAUCCCCGACCUCAUUCCUCACUCCGCACCAACGUACUGGACCUCGGUAUUGCUCCGGAUAUGAAGCCGUUGGUUGCUGUUUAUGCCGUUAUCAUUGGCACAAUGUUUGCUGCCGCUACUUCUACGUCCCCGUUGGUCGUUCCGACCGACUGGUGGCACUCGCGAGCCCUGGGAGCUGCGAUGUUUGUUUUAAGCGACCUUUUCGUUGCGAAGAAUGCGUUCGGGAGAUCUUCUGUGCCGAAAAGCCGUGGGUGGCUCGAGAUCUUCGUGGGCUAUGCGCUAUAUUUCUGGGCCCAAAUGGUGAUUGCCGGGACAGUGCAAGCUUAA